AUGGUGUGGUGCGGUAGCGUGUGGUUCAGAAAGUAUGGAAACUUCAUUGAUAACCUAAGACUCUUCACCAGGGGAGGAAGUGGUGGAAUGGGUUACCCUCGUUUAGGUGGAGAAGGUGGAAAAGGUGGUGAUGUCUGGGUUGUAGCCCAUAAGAAAAUGACUUUAAAACAACUUGAAGACAAAUAUCCUCAGAAACGGUUUGUGGCUGGAGAAGGAGCAAAUAGUCGUGUUAAUGCACUGAAAGGCUCCAGAGGAAAAGACUGUGAAAUUCCUGUACCUGUGGGUAUUUCAGUAACUGAUGAAAAUGGUAAAAUUAUAGAAGAACUCAAUAAAGAGAAGGACAGAAUUUUGGUAGCUGAAGGAGGUCUUGGUGGUAAAUUACUUACAAAUUUCUUACCAUUGAAAGGCCAGAAACAAGUCAUUCACCUUGAUCUAAAACUUAUAGCUGAUAUAGGCCUAGUAGGAUUCCCAAAUGCAGGAAAAUCCCCUUUGCUAAGUCAGGUUUCUCAUGCAAAACCUGCAAUCGCAGAUUAUGCAUUUACAACAUUAAAGCCUGAACUUGGAAAGAUUGUGUAUAAUGAUUUCAGACAGAUAUCAGUAGCUGAUCUUCCUGGUUUAAUAGAAGGAGCGCAUAACAAAGGAAUGGGCUACUAAUUCCUCAAGCAUAUAGAAAGAACUAGACAACUACUUUUUGUUGUCGAUAUUUCUGGAUUUCAGCUUUCUUCCCAAACUCAAUACAGAACUGCCUUUGAAACCAUAAUACUUCUUACAAAAGAGUUAGAAUUGUACAAAGAGGAACUUCAGACAAAACCUGCAUUCCUGGCAGUUCAUAAAAUGGACUUGCCAGGUGCCCAAGAUAUGUUCCAUGUACUGAUGAAUCAACUCCAGAAUCCUAAAGAUUUUUUGCAUUUAUUUAAGAAAAACAUGAUUCCAGAGAGGACUGUGGAGUUCCAACACAUCAUCCCCAUCUCUGCAAUUACAGGAGAAGGAAUUGAAGAAUUAAAGAACCAUAUAAGAAAAUCUCUGGAUGAACAUGCCAAUCAGAAAAAUGGUGCAUAUCAUAAGAAACAGUUGCUUAAUUUACAGAUUUCUAAUACAAUAUCUUAUAAUGAGCCACCACCAAAUAAUGGUGUUACUAGUCCCAGAUAGAUGUAAUUUAAAUCUAUUAAAAAUG